AAUGGCCUGCCUCCCCUUUUAAUUUCUCCCCUCUUUUAUCGUCUCUGCAGGGAAGGAAGGAAGACCAUGGGGCGAUUCCUCUUGGUGAGCCUGAGCUUGCUGGUUGUGACUUUAUCCCUAAAUGGAAUUGGAGCUGACCAUCAUUGCCCCUCGGACUGGACCUCCCUUGGGGAGUUUUGCUACAAGUUGAUCAAAGAAUGGAAGACCUGGGAAGAUGCCGAG